AACAUACAUGAAACAUUUAACGGAAAGGAGUCUAGAUACCACAAGGAGCAUCAACUAACGUGACUGGGUCAAAAUAAGUAAGGAAUCGUGAUCUCUCUUGUUUCAAUAAUCAAAGUGCAAAAAAUACGACAAGUGAACCGAAUCAGCUGAUGCCCACACAACGAUUUUUUUGGGAUUUUCCUGAUUUGUUCAUGUCACCCGGUCUCAGCACAUUGGAAUGUUUAGAACCUCAUGAAUUAUCAACCGACAGAAAGGCUAUUUAUUAUUCAGCAAGAGAAAUGGCCAGAGGAAAGAGGCUCUGCAUCAGUGGGCUUCGGCCGAACGUAGUGCAGUGCCACGUCAACACCUGACGAACGGCGUUGGGGCUCUUGUCUCCCGGUAGCCGGACGAACGGCGAGGUACGGCGGGAAUUCUGAGACGGUACAGUACUCACCGUCGGGCGUCGAGAGCGACGGAUGGCGUCCGUAGGAGACAUGUCGUCGGAAAGCUGACAGCCGGUUACCCAGGGCCCUUCCCAGGUACCGGUCGUACGGUGUCCGCGCUCGAUGAACGAGCAAAACCGGUCGCGGCCGUCGGUCGAGCUGGGGCGGGGGGAAGAUGAAUUCGCGAUCGGCGCCUGUGCUGCUGUGAGGGAGCGCAGCGCGCGGCAGAGCUCGGAAGCGCUGAGCUUCUUCGAGGGGCGAUGGAAUUCGUGACAUUUACGAUCAUUGUCGAUGAUAUCGUCUAUCCUGAUGGCCACACGGCCAUGUGCUGUCUCGGAGGUGGAGGGCCGCAGACGGCUUUCGGUAUGAAGCUCUGGGCGUCGGAUCAAGAGAGGGUUGGGCUAGCAGCGCGUGUAGGGUCAGAUUUUCCAAGUUCAUGCCAAGAAUGGCUUCAAAACAUGAAAAUUGAUGUCAAUGGCCUCUUACAUUGGCCGUAUCCUACACUAAGAGCUUGGCAGGUUCUGGAGGAAGAUGGCCGGCGUGGCCAGAUCUGGAGAGUGGAACUAGGAGAGGAGGUAUGGGGAAUGCUGCGGCCGACAAUUUCUGAGCUUCCGCCGAUAUAUAGAAAAGCCAAAGCUUACCACGCAUGUGUGCACCCGAGUACAUUAGACAAAGAUUUUAUGCAAGAGCUUCGAAGUACCGGAGCUGCUGUUGUGAGCAUCGAGCCCUAUACUCAUGCCGAGGAUAUCCUGACACGAUCUGAGCUAAGGACGUUGGUAACCGGGGGCCACAUCUUUUCUCCCAACGAGAAAGAAGCUGUUUCACUUGUUGGACCUGGACCUCCUCUGGACCUCAUCGAUCGUCUUGUGGAGCUUGGAGCUGAGGUUGUCUCUUUGAGACGUGGACCGCUAGGAUGUGUUGUUCACAGGGCUGACACCGGAGAAACGUGGGAGGUUCCUGCGUUUCAUGGAGUCAUUCGAGGAUUGCUGCAAGUUUCAGAAGAUAAGCAGAUCGAAGAAGCCGGUAUCAUAGGUGUAAUUGAUCCAACAGGUUGUGGAAACUCCUUUUGUGGUGGAUUUUUGGCAGGUUGGGUGCAGUCUCACGAUAUUUUAACUGCCGCCUUAUGUGGGAGCGUUGCUGCAAGCUUUAUGGUCGAGCAUGAAGGAAUUCCACCACCACAAUUGUCAACCUUGAAAGCGCAGGCAAACGCCAGAUUCCAGCUACUACGCACACAUGCAAAACAGCUUAGACUAGAUUAGGCUAGAAUCCCGAAAGGUUCGACUUGUGCUUCGCCUAAACCCUUAAACCCUGCGAGCCACCUUCUUCAGGAUCGCAAUCCCCAACAUUUGAAGGCAAGAGUGUUACUCAUGGAGUGUGAAGGUUUAGAAUCAUUCUGCUUCCCGUUUCGCAUCAGGUUUUAUAUUGAUGCUAGGCUCGUUUUCGGUAUUGUGGGUUAAUCCUACCGGUCUAUUAGAAGUCAAAUGUACGUCUGACUCUUUGCAAAGAUAUCGAUCUCAAAACGGGCUGCCUAAUUGUCAGUCUCAUCGUUGAUUAGUAUCAGGUAUGCGGAACUUAUCAGGUAAGGAAAUUACCACUUGUACCAUCGCAGAAAGUAAAGAAAGUAAAGAAAGUAUAUUACAACCUUGCAGCUACUCUUUAAAA